AUGGAUGUAGGAAAUCAUUCCACAAUGACGGAAUUCAUUCUUCUGGGAUUAACUGACCAGCCAGACCUUCAGCGGCCCCUGUUCUGUCUCUUCUUGGGAAUUUAUAUAGUUACUGUGGUGGGAAACCUGGGCAUGAUCUCAAUAAUUGGGCUGAGUUCUCAACUUCACACCCCUAUGUACUACUUCCUCAGUAGCUUGUCUUUUAUAGACCUCUGCUAUUCUUCUGUCAUCACGCCCAAAAUGCUGGCAGGAUUUUUAUGCAGUGAUAAAGCUAUCUCCUAUUCUGGAUGUAUGACUCAGCUUUUUUUUUUCUGUGUUUUCAUCAUUUCUGAAUGCUACAUGUUGGCAGCAAUGGCCUAUGAUCGCUAUGUGGCCAUCUGCAACCCGCUGCUCUACAAGGUCAUCAUGUCCCCCAGGGUCUGUUCUCUGCUGGUGGCUGCUGUCUUCUCAGUAGGAUUGACUGAUGCUGUGAUUCACGGAGGUUGCAUAUUAAGGUUGACUUUUCGUGGCUCAAAUAUCAUUAAACAUUAUUUCUGUGACAUUCUCCCUCUUAUUAAACUCUCCUGCUCCAACACUUAUAUUGAUGAGCUUUUGAUUUUUGUCAUUGGUGGGUUUAACAUGGUAGUCACCAGCCUGACAAUCAUCAUUUCUUAUGCUUUGAUCCUUUCCAGCAUCCUCCACAUCCACUCAAAGGAGGGCAGGUCCAAAGCCUUCAGCACCUGCAGCUCCCACUUGACAGCCGUUCUUGUAUUUUAUGGGUCUCUCAUGUCCAUGUAUCUCAAACCUGCGUCUGCAACCACCCAGGAGAAAGCGUCCUCAGUAUUUUACACCACUGUGAUACCCAUGUUGAAUCCCCUGAUAUAUAGUUUGAGGAACAAGGAAGUGAAAAAUGCACUGUUGAAACUCUUAAGGAGAAAAAUAUCUUCAUAA